AUGGCGGACAGGGCUGAGAUGUUUUCCCUCUCCACCUUCCACUCCCUCACUCCUCCAGGCUGCAGGCCUUCCCAUGACAUUAGUCUUGAGGAGUUUGAUGAUGAGGAUCUGUCUGAAAUCACAGACGACUGUGGAAUAGGACUCAACUAUGACUCUGAUCCCUAUGAAAAGGAAGGCCUAGGUUUUGGAAAGAGCAAUAUGCACCACCCGGUCUGCUCCUUCCAGGACGACUUCCAGGAGUUUGAGAUGAUCGAUGACGAGGAUGAGGAGGAUGAGGAAGAUGAAGACGAGGUGGACCCUGACACUCUUCCCUCCCCCACCGCUUCCCCUCCUUCUUCCCCCACCCUUGGCACGCUGAAGAGCCGGCCCACCACUCUCAACCUCACCACCACUGUCUCACAGGACUCACUGAACAACAACAGCAGUCUUUCUCCAAAGAAGGGCAGCUGGCAGGACUCUCUACGCAACCCUACCUCACAGGGCCGUCUGUCUCCAACCCACUCUUGUCUGGAGGAUGGGAGUCACGUGACGGGCCAGUGCCCCUCCCAACCAGCCCCCCAGGCCCCAGGGUCCCAGAGCAAAGGUACUCCCCCCAAACAGGCAGGGGAGGGCGCCUACCCCCAGUCCCCUCGCAGGCCCCUCCUUUGCGACAUGGAAGGCAACAGACGGGAGAGGCCUGAAUACGGCUCCUUCGGUCAACACAAGUCUCACCCGGGCUCUAAUGAGGUCAUUAACUCCUCAGCUGACCCUCUGAUCUUCAGAGUUCCAUCCCUGGAUGAGCAAUCCCAAUGCUCUGACACUGAGGUUGACCACGACCUCAACAGCGCUGACCACAACCACAAACUUUCACGGUCCUGCACGUCCACCCAGCGACGUGCCACCGACACCUACACGGUCACUACUGAGUCAGGCCUAGACCCGGAACUGGAGAAUGACCCAGAUGGGACCAGCCGAUGCCUGUCCUCCACUGCUCCCAUCGGGGGGAACGACGGAGCUGACACCCCUCUGUCAGAUGAGGAGCUGGAGAAAGAUUUUGACGUAGAGUUUAUGUGUAAGGAGACCUAUGACAUGGUGUGUAAGGAGAACCAGAGCUCAGUCUACGUUGAGUUCCCCUCCAUCGAGCCCUCUGAGCUGGCUUCCUUCUCCAGCUACAUGUCAUCAAGCCGCUCUGAUGUUCUGGACCAAUCCCGAAGCACUGAUCAGAGCCAGCGUCCAGGUGCAGCCAAUGAGGUGGCCAAUGACUCCAACUCUCCAUCCUCGGACCCGGGUAUUGCUGACAUGAACGCCAAGCGGUGCUACACCAACUCAGACCAAGACCAGGACCUGAGCUCUCCCGGGUCUGACUCAGACAUCGAAGGGGAGCUUGAGGCAGCAUUCGCCUGCGGAGGACCCCUGGUCUCCAACAUGAUCUCUUCCAUCUCAGAGACAGAGCUGGACCUGACCAGUGAUGACAGUAGUAGUGGACGCUCCUCCCACCUCACCAACUCCAUCGAGGAGGCCAGUUCACCCACCUCCGAUCAGGAACUGGACCCGGACACCGAGUUAGAACAGGACAGUGGAAUUGUGGGAAUGAAGGUAUCACUCCUUCUUGGCCAUGUAGAUGAUGAUGAUGAUAAUGACUUGCCCUAUGAGCACCAGGCCGACCCAGAUGAGACCCUGCCCCCAGCCCAGCGCUGUGAGGACAGCAUGUCCAGACAGAUGGUCCUCCAGAUAGAACCAGACCACAGCCUGGAGAGCUUCAAACGCUCCUUCUACCUGCCAGUAGGACCAAGACUCAUACCCACCCAUGCUGACGACUACGAUGGGAACAGUGAGGGAGGGUCCGAGUCGGAGAGCGAGGAUGAGCUGAGCGAGAAUUCAGACUCACCCUGGUUGCUAAGCAACCUGGUGAACAAGAUGAUCUCGGAGGGGUCUUAUCCAAUCAGCUGUCCUGAGGACUGUUUCAAGAGGUCAGUGUCCAUCUCAGACACCAUCUCACCCUCCUCGGACAUCGAGCCAGACGCGUUCACCGAAGCCACGGACGAACAAAUGCAGAAAUCUGGGACGAAGAGUUCGAAGGAGGAGGAUAAAGAAGGGAGGGGCCUGAGGAAGGAAGGGAAGGAUAGAAAUAAGAGGGAGAAGAGUGCAGAGCCACCCAAAGGGAAUGCAGGGAAAGCAAAGGAAAGAUUUGGCUCCUGUCUGUACAUGAACAAUCCUACAGCUGACACCAUCAGACCGGUGAUCGUGGAGCGCUAUGGCAACAGGGUAUCCACAGACAACAACCACACUCAGGACUCUGAGAAAGACUUCACCAGCCCUAAAUCAGGCAAAAACACCAAGAAGAAGGAUGAGGAUAUGGAUGUUAUUGUGGAGCCUGAUAAUGACCUGAUGAUGCUGGAGGGGAGGAAGGAACUGGACUCUCCCAGUCUGAGUGAGAGCGUAGCGAGUGACAAGGACGAGGGCCGCGAGAUGGAGACCAAGCCCACCGGACGCUCUACGGCCUCCCUGGAACGCAUCACCACGGUCAAACACAGCAUGACGCUGGACAUCCCCACGGCCCAGACCAACCGAUGCUUCAGCCUCACCUACUCCACCGACAACGAUGAGGAAGAGGAGGAGGAAGAGGAAGGAGACUGCUCCCCAUUCCUGAGCUGCCUGAGGAAGCAGUCAUCCUAUCGUGGCAGCAAUCAAUACCUGGACAGCUCCCCGCCUAUCGAUGAGAGCGCCCUGCGGUCCAGGCCAGAUGAUGAUGGUCUGGCGUACGACUCCAUGAAGUACACUCUGGUGGUGGAUGAGAACACUACACUGGAGCUGGUCAGCCUCAGGCGGUGUACCUCAGUGCUGAGUGACGACAGUGAGCUGUCUACACUGUGUGAUGAUGACCCUCUUGGGACGGGGGAGGUGGGGAACGGCCGGGGGAACGGAGUGGUGCAGCCAGAACUCCUCAGCUCGUCAGAAGACUCCUCCCCCGAGGCUGACAUGCAUUUCUCCAAGAAGUUCCUCAACGUGUUUGUCAACAGCACCUCACGAUCCUCCAGUACAGAGUCAUUUGGGCUGUUCUCCUGUACCAUCAAUGGAGAAGAGAGGGACCAGACACACAGGGCUGUCUACAGGUUUAUCCCCAGACAUGUGGAUGAGUUGGAGCUGGAUGUGGAUGACCCUCUAUAUGUCGAGGAAGAGGAGGAUGACUACUGGUACAGAGGCUACAACAUGCGGACGGGAGAGAGGGGGAUAUUCCCAGCCUUCUACGCCCAUGAGGUCAUAGGGCAGUCCAAGGAGAUAAUGGGAAUGAAGAAGAACCCAGCCUGGAUGGACAGUUUCAGUGUUCAGUUCCUGGGUUCUGUGGAGGUGCCCUAUCACCAAGGCAAUGGCAUCCUCUGUGCUGCCAUGCAAAAGAUUGCGAUAGCGAGGAAGCGGACGGUCCAUUUGCGGCCCCCCUCUCUGUGUGAGCUGGAGAUCAGUCUACAAGGGGUUAAACUGGUGAUGAGCCUGGAGGAUGAAUACGACACUAUGGAUGAGUUUGACAGAUGUAGUCACUUCUUCCAGAUGAAGAACAUCUCUUUCUGUGGAUGCCAUCCAAAAAACAAUUGCUACUUUGGCUUCAUCACUAAGCACCCCAUGCUGAACAGGUUUGCCUGCCACGUCUUCGUCUCCCAGGAGUCAAUGCGGCGUGUGGCCGAGAGUGUUGGACGGGCUUUCCAGGAGUAUUACCAGGAGCACCUGGAGUACGCCUGCCCCACCGAAGACAUCUACCUGGAGUAG